ACUUGGAAACACGGGGUUGCGGGUUUCAUUUCCAGCCGCUUCGGGUUGGUGGAGGCUGCGUGGGGUUGAAGUGCCCUGCCUCUGCCUUGCUUUGUCAUAGCAUCUGAGGAGCAGCCUGGAGUGAUAGCAGCUGCUCCAGGGUCUCACUAUGAUCCUAGAUAUGCUGAGGCAGCUGCUACCUGAGGUGGAGGUGGAUCCUCGCCUACUCUCAGCCCUGCUUGGUAGCUCAGCUGCAGCUAUCUUGGUACUGAAAUGGAUGGGGCAGAGACGGAUGCAGAAGAAGAUUGAAGAGGCGAGGAGAAGGAGAGAUCUGGGUUUGGGGCAAAUGGAAAAGGCUGUUCAGCAAUUUAAACAGCAGAACCCAGGGAUACAGACCAGUCACAUCCUCUCCCUGUCACUUGUGCAGCUGGCUGAGAAACUGAAGGAAGGUUCCCUCUCUCCAGAGAGCGUCCUCUACGCGUACAUGGACAAGGCCUUGGAGGUGACGCGGGAGGUGAACUGCCUGAGACAUUUUAUUCCGGAAUGUGAGGAGCAGCUACGGGCAGUGCGAAGGCGGAAGGAGAAAGGGUUAUUGUAUGGCGUUCCCGUCAGCAUCAAGGAUCACAUUGGCUACAAGGGCCACCUCUCCACCUGCGGCUUUGUACAGCUCCUCAGCAAACUGGGGCAAGAGGACAGCGUGAUGGUCAAGGUCUUGAAGAGACAGGGGGCCAUUCCGUUUGUACUAACCAAUGUCCCACAGUCCUUAUUCAACUACGAUUGCAGCAACUCGAUCUUCGGCCAGACGGUGAAUCCGCUGAACCACAAGAAAAGCCCCGGCGGCUCCUCCGGAGGGGAGGGGGCGCUGAUCGCCGGAGGAGGGUCCAUCCUGGGCUUUGGGACAGAUAUAGGUGGGAGCAUCCGCCUGCCGUCCAGCUUCUGCGGGCUGUGCGGGCUCAAGCCGACGGGCAACAGGCUGAGUCUCUCUGGAAUUAGCGGCCCUAUUGAUGGGAUCCUAUCAGUUACAGGAGCAGUAGGACCAAUGGCGAGGGACGUGGACAGCCUGGCUCUGUGCAUGAGAGCGCUCCUGUGUGACGACAUGUUCCGCCUGGACCCCACCGUGCCACCCCUGCCCUUCAACGAGGAGGUGUACUCCAGCUCUGCCCCUCUUCGGAUCGGGUACUAUGACACAGACGGCUAUUUCCUGCUACCUCCCUGCGUGAGACGGGCUGUGCAUGAAACCAAGGAGAUUCUCCAGGAAGCUGGACACACACUGGUGCCCUUUGCUCCUCCUCGGCCUGACUACGUCAUGAAUGAGCUUUUUGUGAAAGGCCUUUUUGCUGAUGGAGGCUCCACUUUACUGGGCAUGUUUGCAGGGGACCCUGUGGAUCCAGGCUUGAAACCCCAGGUGAAUUGCUACAGGAUUCCAACGCUGGUGAAGAAAAUGCUGGCUCUUACCGUUCGACCUCUGUUUCCACGCCUGGCGGGUUAUUUGACUGCUCUGUGUGGAGUGAGGUCCGAGAAACUUCUGUGGAAGCAGCACGCUGAAGUGACGGCUUACCGCGUGGAGUUCAUCGCCACAUGGAGGAAACUCAAGCUGGAUGUCGUGCUGUGUCCAGUCCUAGGUCCUGCCUUCACAGUCGGCUAUCCUGGGAAGUUAUUUGCUGCUGUUUCCUCUACCAUGUUGUACAACGUCUUAAACUUCCCCGCGGGGGUUGUGCCGGUCACCACUGUUACGGAGGCUGAUGAGGAAGAUCUGAAGCAUUACACAGGGCACUACGGUGACCCCUGGGAUAGGACACUGAGGCAGGCUGUGGAAGGAGCCGUGGGGCUGCCUGUCGCCGUUCAGUGCGUGGCUCUGCCAUGGCAGGAGGAGCUGUGUCUGCGGUUCAUGAAGGAAGUGGAGACGCUCGCCCGAGGGAGGAAGAGGAGAAAAGUGUGACACCUAAGUGUGUCUCUCUCUCUAAGGAAUCCAGCUAUUCCUUCCCAGUCAAUAAAAGGAUUGCAAAAGUCCUUUCAGCAAAACAA